AUGUGUAAAGCAAUUGGUUCACUUUUUAUUUUGCUUUUUAUGUUAAUCGCUUUAACAAUUGGACAGUAUAGUAAUCAGCCAUGCUUUCGAUCUGACAACGGACAUCUAAGCGUCGACAGCGCCACUAGUCGCAAUAUUUCUUUGAGUACUAAAGGAAAAGGAUUCAUAAACGUGAAUAAUGAAAACUUACUUCAAAUUAUCGGACUGGCUAAAGAAGCUUGGGAACUAAUCGAUUCGUUUCGAUCAAACGAUUUGCCUGAGUUUGCGGAUACAAUAACCAAAUUCGUGCCACUGAUAGAUGGUCCGAGAAGUUUAUCCAGCCGAGUUACCGCUCUGGAAAUGCAAAUUAUGAAUACGUCAUCGAAAUUCUCUACUAAGGGUAAAGGUGGAACGACGUUCAUCUCAGAUAGGCUAGAAGUCAGACUGACGAAUUUGGAAAAGAAAAUCACUAAUCUCAUUAGUCUUUUGUCGAUUAGCGAAUGCUUGAGUAAUCCUUGCCAGAAUGGAGGCACAUGUGUGGAUCUUUAUAACGGGUUUCAAUGUAAUUGUCCAAAUAAUUGGCAGGGUAAAAUGUGCGAAUUGGACGUCGAUGAAUGUGUACGUUUCCUUCACACGGACUUAGGGUGUCAAAACGGAGCGGAAUGCAAGAACACGCCUGGAAGUUACGAGUGCGUAUGCGCAGCGAACUGGUUCGGUUUGCACUGUACGAAAAGGAAGAACGAUUGCAACGGGGCAAUGUCGUCGGAGCUCUGCGGCAACGGCGUGUGCAUCAAUCAACCGUCGGCGGUCGGUUACACGUGCAUUUGCAAUCAGGGUUGGACUAACAUGGACGGGGGACAAAAUCCGGCUUGCACGAAAGACGUGGACGAAUGCAAGGAAAACAAGCACACGUGCUCGACAAACCCACCGGUCGAGUGCAGGAACACCAGAGGAUCGUUUACUUGCGGAAACUGUCCCACAGGUUAUGAGGGAGACGGUUUUGUGUGUACUGACGUCAACGAGUGUUUGAUAAAUAACGGUGGAUGCAGCGUGAAUCCCAGAGUUCAAUGCAUUAACACGAGAGGAUCUUUUAAAUGCGAAUUAUGUCCACCUGGUUAUAGUGGCAAUGGAUUUAAUUGCAUCUAUAUAUCUGGAGGAGCCUGUGCGAUAGACAAUGGAGGGUGUCAUCCAAAUGCUGAGUGCACUCUUUAUGCUGAAACAACAAUUCAGUGUACAUGUCGUCAAGGGUAUAAUGGUAAUGGAAUCGGGAUGAAUGGAUGCAUUAAAGACAAUAGAAUAUAUCCUUGCCUGAAUAAUCCUUGUAGUUCCCAUGGUGUAUGUCUUUCAAAUUCAACGGAUAGUUUUUCUUGUCAGUGUGACACGGGUUAUACAGGACGAACAUGUAAUAUUAGCGUAGAAAAUCCAUGCUUAGUAAAUCCCUGCCUAAACGGAGAAUGUGUUCCUGACCCGAAAUCCAGCGAAUUUCAUUGUAACUGUGAUAGAGGGUAUUUUGGAACCUUAUGUGGAUCAUUUUUAGAAGUGUGUGGUGGUUCUUUUGACGACUUUAAUGGAUCAAUACAGUAUCCCGAGUCAAAUACAACACUAACCUACCAGAGUAACUUGAAUUGUUUAUGGGUGAUCAAAGUCAAUUCGUCUCGCGUCAUAAAUAUAUCAAUUGUUUGGAUUGAUAUUGAAAAAUCAAUAAAUUGUUCUUCGGAUUAUGUUGAAAUUACAAAUGUCGAAGAAGUUGAUGAAAAGUCGUUGGGUAAAUUUUGUGGAAAUACAUUGCCUUUAAAUAACAGCAUUAUUUCUGAUUCAAAUUCAGUUUUCGUACAUUUUCGUUCAGACGAAUCAAACAAUUACCGAGGUUUUCAGUUAAAUUACACAACAAUACAACAAGACUGUGGUGGAACAUUAAAUAUCGAUUCUCACGGAACAUUAUCCUCUCCCGGUUCUCCAAAAAAAUAUCCACCUAAUCGUGACUGUUAUUGGACAUUAAAUGCUAGUCCCGGAAAAAGAAUUCAAUUAAAUUUCUUUUCAUUAAGUUUUGAGCACCAUAUAAAUUGCAGUUAUGAUUAUUUAGAGAUUAGAGAUGGUUUUACUCAGAACAGUCCAAUAUUGACAAAAUUAUGCAAUACUAAUAAAAAUAGUUUACCUCCUCCGAUAAUAACAUCAAGUUCACAUGUAAAAUUUGCAUUUCCAUUCUGA